UCUCUGCCGACCUUCGACGUAGAGUGGCGGGUGUGUGUACUGCGUUUGUGUUUGCAAGAGAAAGCUAAUCGGGCGUCGUAGAGAAAAUGGCGGCUGAUUCCCCGAUCCUCCUUCAGAAAGAUAACACGUUCACGAAAUUGUUCGUCGGCGGACUGCCGUACCACACCACGGACGAGACGCUGCGAGCCUAUUUCCUCCAGUUCGGAGAGAUUGAGGAGGCCGUGGUUAUACACGACAGAGUCACCAGAAAAUCGAAAGGAUACGGAUUUGUAAGUCGCUGGACUGUCCUUUAUGCAAUAUCCGCCGGAGAAACGCGAGUGAGGGGGUAAUUUACAGCGCAUUCUCUCGCUUCUUCCCUCGCAGGUGACGAUGGUUGAUAAAGAGGCGGCCGAGAGAGCUUGCGCGACUCCGAACCCGUCAUAGAGGGACGGAGAGCAAACGUCAACCUUGCGUACCUCGGAGCCAAGCCGAAAAUGAACGGUUACCCGCCAGAUGGUCCACUGGCUGGGCUCAGUUCUCCGACCGGUGCGGAUACUAUCUUCUCUCAGCAUUCUCCCCCUCCUCUUCCAUUUGGAAUCCAGACUCAAGGAUUCAUAAUCCCCGGUCCUGGGUGCCCGCCAUUCAGUCCACCUCCUCCCCCUCUCUUGGGACCCUUCCCCUUCAUCCCACCUCAAUUUAACCCCGGAUUCGGCUACGGACCGCCGUUCUUCCACGGCCCGAUGAACAUAUCCCAGUUCCCUCCGCAAGGAAUGCCGCCGCUAGUACCCUACAAUGUAGCUAAUUGAUUGGACCAUUCAAAUUCAAAUCCACAGUGCCACCACCACACUCAGUGGGCAGCAUUCACUGCACACACAAACAUACACACUUUUUAUUGUCCCUCUUUCACAUCUGAGCAUAUCUCUGCCUUUCAUAUAUACACCUGCGCAUUUUAUAUAUUAUAAUGCUCUCUCCUCACUUCUUGCUUUGCUUUUAAACCAGUCUAUAUGUUCUGUAGUAAGUCAAUUUUUUUGUAAGAUAGGAGAAACGGUGGGUCAUAGAGCUUGCCCAGUGUCAUGUACCAUUCCUGCAAGGUAUAUAUAUAGCAACUUAUACAAGGAGCACACGCUAAGGCCGACAUAAUAUGACUGUCAAUGUAUUACUAUAUUUACCACCGCAGAUGACUUAAGUAUUAAUUAUUAUGUCUAUGUCAUUUGCAAAGGGUCCUUACCAUUAUAGGCUAGCUCAAAAACAGGUAUAUUCUUAUAUCACGUCUCUUUUAUAUACUUCCACAAUCAUCAUCUUUUCUUUUUACUCUGUGAAUCACUUCAUAAUAUUCACCGCAAUUCCUUCUGUCCACUUCUCUAUUAUAUUAAAAUUAUUUUCCGAAAACCCUUUUUUCAACGCUGCAAAAAUACCCG